UGCAGUCCUUUAUCUCUUUUAUUCCUUCUAUUUGUUUCGCGGGUCAUAAGUCAACUUCUUGAAACCAAAGCGGGGUGCAAUGCCUACCGCCUCGGAUGCAACAUGAUGCACGCCUCUCACCCCUCUCUGCCGUCCACAUCCAAGCACGGGCUCGUCCCGCCCAUGCCUUUCCCAUUAAUCUAGACGGGUUUCCGAUAACAAGCUAGCAAUGUUCUUACUCCGACUGUCCUCGGUUCCAUUUUCUUUCCGGGAUGAGCACACUUUAAAUAAAGCCCAACUAUCUUCCCCGAGCGGUCGCCUCGUAGACCCGUUGCCGCAAAAUGGCCUGCUGUGCCCUCCUUUUGUACAUUAAAACGAUUCCAUCUGACAUAAUUCAAACGACUUUUUUAAUCUGAGCCUAUCGUACACGCAAAUUAUCAGGUGAAUUCGCCUUAUUGGUUUGUUGCUCCCAUGUAAAAAUUCCUGACUAGCCUGACUUGAACAGGAGAAUAGCCACUUGCCCCAGGUAGAAAUAUAUGAAAUGUUUUGUCUCAUGUGUCACGUAGGAUCCGAAAUUUCUGCCCACGAUGCAAUGCCAUGUCGGGUUAUAUUUCUUGUCAAACUCCUUUUUGACGUACGCUGCGAUGUCCUUCUCGAUGUUAAAUUGAUCCAAAGCCUGCGACGCACAAUCUACCGCAUCUUGUUGCAUAUCUUCCGACAUAUCGGCAUUCUUGAUGACUGCUUUGCGUUCAGCCAUGGCUUCUUAAGGGAACGUUUCGAGCACUCAAACACAAGAGGGAGGAGGAACCAGCCGGAGAAAAAGGGUGCAGCAAGCUAGUAGGCCUGUGUCCACGUUCUGCAGUUGUCAAAACGCACGUCUUUACGGCCAAAAGGGAUCUACGUAUGUACCU